GUCGUUUGGUGUGACAGACAAACCCUGGACUGCUCCCGCGACAGACUGGGAUCUGCUGGCUGCAAAACAAAAUAUAAACUAUACUCGCCCUUCACUAUGUACCACCUGAGGUUGCCUGUGCUUCUGCUCAUGCUGCUCGUUUUGCUGCGCUGUGUCACCGCCGCUCCACACUACAGGUACUUCAGUCCCAGCUCAUCCAGCGAGCAGGAAAGUGCUCUCCCAGACAGCGAGGGCUGGUUGCCUCCUGCGCUAAUCUCGAACCCAUUCCUCAGCCUUAUGGGUACACGGCCACAAAGAGGACUCACAGCUAUGAACAGCCACCACAUAGAAAAGAGGAAGUGCAACACAGCCACCUGCGUCACCCAGAGGUUAGCAGACUUCUUGGUUCGCUCCAGUAACACCAUCGGAACGGUCUACGCGCCGACCAACGUGGGAUCAGCCACUUACGGCAAGAGGAACCUACUGGAGCCUCCCAUCUAUCUGCCUCUUUAGUGCCAAAAGUGGAGUUCACCCAACUCUCUGAUGAGAUAACCAGUCAUCUUAUAUUACAAAGAUUGUAGAAUGGCAUUAAUAAUUGAUGGCAAAUAUGGUGAUAAUGAACAGUAUCAUGUUCUUCUUUAUUUUAUACUUUAAGAAACAGUGCCUUUAAUUUAAACUAUCAAAGUCAAUGUAUAUUUAUUUUAAAAGUGUGUGUGUUGUGGCUUUAUUGGUGAUGUACCACACUGGCAUGUUGUGAAUAUAUAUACAUAUGAAAA